GGUCGUGGCCUGGAUUACAUCCACCACUGGACGGGGUUAGAGGCCGUCCUCGUCCACAACCACAUCAAGAGCUCCAACAUCAUCCUCGCUCAGGGCAGCGGCUCUCAGCCAUUCAUCAGAGCCAUGAUUUGCAAUUUUGGGCUCGCGCAUGCUAGUGGGGAGGCUGCUGACGACGAUGGCCAUGGUCAUGGAUGCGGGCGGGAAGGCGAAGAAGGGUACCACCCGUACAUGUCGCCAGAGCUUCUCCGGGAAGGGGCGUUGGCAACGCAGAAAUCUGAUGUGUACGCGUUUGGAGUGUUGCUGUUGGAGCUGCUGUCGAUCGGGUACAGAGCCAUUGACGUAUGUAUAUAUAGUUACGAUGCUGCCGACAACGUGUACGAGCGAAGGUCGACAGUGGAGACGGCGAGGGCAGCGAUCGUGGCGGGUGACGAAGAGGGUGUUAUUAAUGAGAGAGUACGGCGUUGGGUGGAUGGGAGGCUAUGCUACUGGUUCCCUGUGAAGAUCGCGGUGAAGGCGAUGCGUGUUGCUGUACAGUGCGUGGACGAGGAUCCUAGCUUGCGGCCCGAUAUGGGGGUUCGUGGAAGGCAUUAUUUCCGAAUGCAUUCGGAAAUCCAACGCCUACCGCGAGUUCAAGGAAAGUUAGUGUUGUUUGGUUUAUGGGAUUGA